CCCUAGACAUCAAGCUAGCUUGCUUACUCUCGAUCAGCAUGGCCAAGGCAAACCCUUCCUAUUACCAAACCACCGCUCCGGUUAGCGCACCGGUGCAGUACCAGGAGCAUCUCUUCCACUUGUUCGUGCAACAGCAGUUCGAAGCAACAAAUGGUGCUAACCAGCUCAUUACAGUGAAUCCAAAGCUUCCCCAGGGGUUCGGUGUCACCGUCGCUACUGACUGGGACAUACGUGAUGGUCCUGACACCACGGCGAAGGUUGUCGUGCGUGCACAAGGCCUGCAUCAAGGGUCCGGCAAGAACAACGCAGCCUGGUUUAUGUCCUUCAACACAGUGUUCACCGAUGAGAGGUUUAAGGGGUCCUCCCUCAGUGUGCAAGGACAUUUGGUUUCCGACGAAGGUGAAUGGGUGGUUACGGGUGGGACUGGCGAGUUCGCUUUUGCACAAGGUGUUGUUACCUACAAAAAAAAAUCAAGGAUUUGCCAGCCGGAACCGGAAGCAUCAGAGAGCUUCGUUUCCGUGUUGUGUGCUUCAACUUCCCAAAGCCGAACUCCCUACAAAAGGUUGGGCCGUGAGGUGGGAAUGGAGGGACACCAUUUGAAAUCCCGGAGGCAGAGCUACCUCAGCGUCUAGAAAGUGUCACAAUUCAGAGUAACGAAGUUAUUGAUUCCAUUGCUUUCACCUACAUCGUCCAACUCGGUGCAAGGCGGACUAUCGGUCCAUUUGGUGGUGCCGAUGGGAUGAAGCAGCCGGUGAGUGAAUUUUGUAUUUCGUUCAAAUGUAACUCAGUCAUCAAUUGGAUAAUGAGCUCAAGUCAUGGAUCACAUAUAUAACGUUGACAAUCUCGGACCACAUUUGUACUCCCUCGUGGUGCUUAGGAGCCAAGGCAAAUACUACUCCCUCCGUCCCAUAAUAUAAGACGUUUUUUGACACUACGGGCGGUCUGGGCAAUUUGUUGAUCAGCUUGGAGCCUAUGUGCGCCCAUCCCCAAAUUAGUAGAAGUAAGUGUUCCUUAGGAAAACUUACUGCUUUACUCGUCAGCUUCUCAGUGUUCCAGCAAUAAGAAGGAAGGGAUAUGCUGUCCUAAUUGCAUGUACUUUCUUUAAUUUUUAUCUUCUACGCUUUUGGCUAUCGGCUCAGUGUGGCCCGAGAAAUAAAGUUCUUAUUAAUAAGUGCUGAAUGUAGUCUUAUCCCUGUGUCAUGUUCAUAUGUGCUAAUGCAUAUAGUGAAGUUCUGCUACGGGCUGCACGUGCAUGAUAUUUGGGAGAGCAGAGCCCGUCUG